AUGUCUAAACUCACGACCUCUUCUAAGAAUGUGGAUUGGUCAAUGGAUGAAAGAAAGCUCAUGUCUGCUUAUGAGGACAUCUCCGAAAACCGUCUGAAAUCAGCCGAUACAACUAUAACCCGUUGGCUCAAGAAACAUCCGAAAUCUCAACCUGCUCUAGUCCUCAGAGCUUCUAUACUACAAAGAGCUGGAGAAACGGAGGAGAUGGUGGUGGCUGCUAUUCAAGAAGUCAGAGGGACGGGAAGGUUGACAGAAAGAAGUUUGGCUUGGAUAGGUAUGACAUGUAAGAAUAUCGGUAGGAUCGACAUCGCUCUCACCAUCCUCGAAGAAGCAUGGACAGAAAAUCCCGAUUCUGAAGAGAUAGGCGAUCAAUUGUUCCUUACUUCUAUAGCGGCAAAUGACAAGAUGCGCAUGAUCAGCAGUAGUAAGAAGAUGUAUCAAAAGACUAGGAAUAAAAUUUGGGCUAGGGUGACGGCUUAUUGUGAAUGGGCAACUAAAUCCCCAGCACCAUCGACCACCGAAACUUUCCCCUUACAAAAGUCAUUCGAAAACCUCAAAUUCGCAAACCUCCUCUUUGAAACCACACUCGACUCAGCUACCACCACAGAUCACCUUUGGCUCCGUCUACAGAUCCUCUUGGCAUGCGGGGAGGAACAAAAGGCAUGGCAGACGGUCAAAUUCAUCACUAAUGGUAGUUUGAACAGACUUUGGUGGAGGAUGGAAGCUUGUAAAGUCAUCGCUAAGAGAUUACAAACCCCAGGAACGAGUUGGGGUUGGGAGACAGAGUUUUGGGAGUGGGAGAUGAGCUGGACUGAAGACAGACAACGAAAUUACGCUUUUUACGAUUAUUAUCUUCUCGUCUCAUCUCAUCUAUCUCAAUCGGAUCCCGAUGCGACACAACGAGCAAUCGUAUUUUUGGACAGCUUAAACACGCAGAUCGGAACGUCCGAAAGAUCACCCUCUCUUGCCCGACUCAAACUUGAACAAGCACUCCUGAAGAAGAAAGAUCCACUGGCUUUAGAUACCAAAGCUUGGACCGUACUCAUUCAGCAAUACCUGGGACGGUUUGGUGAUAAAGGAUCCAUCCUCACCGAGCUGGAUUGGAUAACGGAUAUCGAUACUCCUGCUCCUGAUCCGGAACGACUCACCGCCGUCCAGGAUGUGCUACGGGGACGAAUAGAAGCGAAGUUUCUCGAUCAAAAAACAUACCUCGAAUUUGCGCAUGCUCAUAUUUCUUUGAUACGAUACAAAUCUGCUAUCUGGGUACCGACAUUGAAAGAGAUUGAAGAAUGCUGGGAGGUUUACAUGAGUGGAAGGCAGUUUACCGCCAAUAUGCACAAAUCAGACGUUGGCCCAAAUGUCACAAUCGGCCUAGCCGUCGUUCAUGUCUUAUUGGAACUUUGGCACUUGGAUCGAAACGACCAAGCUUUGUUGACGGCGGUAUUGUGCGCUGCUAUCGUCUCGAGAGAUAAUCUGGCUUCGGGAGAGGUCAAUUUUUUGUUGGUGAGGUUGUAUCGUUUGCUCGGUGAGUGUUCCGAUCCUCAUCUUUUAUAUACUUUGGAACUUCGAGAUGUUCAGCUAGACACGGUCUUACACGUGCUCGUGGAUAGAGGGGGGUUUGAAGCGCUCAUAGGGGGAUAUACUGGAGAUAUGGUGAAGGUUUUAAAAGAGAGGGAGAAUACAUUACGGCGAUCAGAGAGAGACUUACCGGAGUAUAUCAAAGAUUGUAUCCGACACGAAACAUAUUCCCAAAUCCACGGUAUUCGUCAAUUGCAUCAUUCCCUCUCAUAUUCCCUCUCCAGACUCAUCGGGUCGAUAGAAUCUAACCGAAUCGGGCUAUUCGAACCGGGCUUCGUCGGUCCAGCCCCACGGGUCAUGGUGGAAGACGAGCCGGUGAUGGAUAAUAGAGAUUGGGAAUUGUUACCUGGUUUAAUGGGACGAUUGAAAUUGAGAGAAAUCACAGCUUUGGGUCCGGAGGUAGAUAAGCAUUGGGCUAAAGCUUGGUUGAAUUUGUAUGCUGCUUUGAAUGAAACAGGGGAGAAGGAAGUGAAGGGGGUUGCCAAUGAUGUACCCUCGGUACGUUGUGUUUUGUUUUACCAAUCCUCUGAUAUACCAUUAUCUUCCUUCAUCUUUGCUUAUUUUCGGAAGUGUCCAGAUAAUCUUUCAAGUCUUCUUACUCUCUCGCGCAUCUUCAUGAUCCGCAUAGGCACUUCACUUCGCACCCGUCUCGCGACAGGGCGUCUUCUGGGGUAUGGAGUAGUGAGAUGGUGUCUUCACCAGACAAGAAAUGGGAUAGACUAG